CAGGGGAGAGGAUUGUUUUUUUGCUCUGUUUCUGCUUUUUCUAUAAUACGCAAUUAGUUGGCUUUCUCACUUUGGCUCUUCCCACUUCCCAAUCGCUACAAAAGAACCCAUUUUUUUUUCUGCUGUUUUUCUAUUAUUUGUUUCACAGAGAUAAGAUACAAAGAGAGCACUGAGUCAACUCGGUCCUCUCUUUCUUACUCUGUUUCUGCUCUUUCUUCUUUAACUGGAUAUAGGAUCCCGAUCUUUUAUAGGCUUCGUUUACCAUUCGGCUUUUCAAGUUAUUGUAGCUCUUCAACUUUUGUUGGGGGUGGGAAUUCCUCCUUACGCAUCAGUUUUUUGUUGCCUUUUUCUUCAAUACUUUAGUCUUCAUUUUGGUUUGAAUUACCCCUCGUUUCUUUUGUCUCUGGGAAAUUUUGCGUUCCUUGAAUUUUCCCCCUCAUUGUACAACUGUUCCCACAGUUUCUAAACAAGUACAUUUUCGAAUUCGAACUUUUUUUGGGGGGUUUCUCUUGUUUUUCCAUAUGGGGUUUUGAGAUAAGUCGAUUUGUCGUGGGUUUUUUGAGGGGAAUAAUGAGUUCGAAGAGGCAGAAAGGGUCAGGUGAUUCGGAUGAGUCGAAUCGGGUUGGUUCAAUUUUUCCAGAUGAGGUAUUGGAAAGAGUUUUGAGUUUGGUGAAGUCCCACAAAGAUAGAAGUUCUGUAUCUUUGGUUUGUAAAGAUUGGUUCAACGCCGAGCGGUGGUCUCGAACCCACGUUUUCAUUGGGAAUUGUUACUCUGUUUCGCCGGAAAUUGUAAUCCGACGGUUCCCAAACAUUCGGAGUGUGACGCUGAAAGGGAAACCUAGGUUUUCAGAUUUCAAUUUGGUGCCUCCGAAUUGGGGAGCUGAUAUUCAUUCAUGGCUUGUUGCUUUCGCUUCAAAAUACCCAAAUCUCGAAGAAUUGAGGCUCAAGAGAAUGACCGUAACUGACGAAAGCUUGGAGUUUUUGAGUCGUUCUUUCCCAAAUUUCAAAGCCCUUUCAAUGAUGAGCUGCGAUGGUUUUAGCACCGAUGGCCUAGCCGCCAUUGCCACUCACUGCAAGAACUUGACGGAGCUUGACAUACUUGAGAACGACAUUAAUGACAAAAGUGGACAUUGGCUGAGUUGCUUCCCAGAUACCUUGAAAUCUCUGGAAGUACUCAACUUUUCAAGUUUGAACAGCGAUAUCAGUUUUGAGGCCCUUGAGAAGCUGGUAAGAAGGUGCAAAUCACUGAAGGUUUUGAAGGUUAAUAGGAAUAUAAACUUGGAACAAUUGCAGAGGCUACUUGUUCACACUCCUCAGCUAACGGAGUUAGGCACAGGGUCUUUUUCACAAGAGAUCACUCUUCGGCAGUAUUGUGACCUCGAAGAUGCUUUCAAAAGUUGCAAGAAUCUGCGUACUCUCUCUGGUUUGUUGGAGUCGACAGUGUUGUAUCUCCAAGUUCUUUUUCCUGCCUGUGCAAAUUUAACUUUCUUGAAUCUGAGUUACUCUAUUCUACACGGUGGUGAACUUGCUGGACUUCUUUCCCACUGCCCCGUUCUUCGCCGCCUUUGGGUUUUAGACACAGUGGAAGACAAAGGCCUGAAGGCUGUUGGAUUGAGCUGCCCCUUGCUGGAGGAACUCCGUGUAUUUCCAGCAGAUCCCUUUGCCGACAAUUUAGUCCAUGGUGUAACUGAGUCCGGGUUUCUUGCUGUGUCUUAUGGCUGUCGUAAACUCCAUUACGUUCUCUACUUUUGCCGCCAGAUGACGAAUGAGGCUGUGGCCACCAUUGUGCAGAACUGCCCAGAUUUCACCCAUUUUCGUCUCUGCAUUAUGAAUCCCCACCAACCAGAUUAUCUUACAGAGCAAUCAAUGGAUGAGGCCUUUGGUGCGGUGGUGAAAACUUGCUCUAAGCUGCGUAGACUCGCCAUUUCGGGCUUGCUAACAGACUUAACAUUUGAAUAUAUCGGGAAAUAUGCAAAAAACUUGGAAACUCUUUCAGUGGCUUUUGCUGGAAGCAGUGACUGGGGAAUGCAGUGUGUUAUGAGUGGUUGUCCAAAGCUGAGGAAGUUGGAGAUCAGAGACAGCCCAUUUGGAAAUGCAGCUUUGCUUUCUGGUUUGGAGAGGUAUGAAUCCAUGAGAUCACUAUGGAUGUCGGCCUGUAAGGUGACAAUGAACGGGUGUCGAGUUUUGGCGAAGCAGGUGCCGAGGUUGAACAUUGAGGUCAUUAAGGAUGGUGGGAGUGAUGAAUGUGAAGCUGAAAGUGUAUAUGUAUACCGCUCUGUUGCAGGUCCACGAAGAGACGCCCCGCCUUUCGUUCUCACCCUCUAAUCCUUAGGUGAAUGUAGCGCUAACUGGGGCACCAUAUCCAUGUGAUGGGAAGAAAGAUGAAAAAAAAAAGAUGGAGAGUUGCAGAAGUUUGUAAAGAGAAGGCCUCUUCACUUUAAAGACUUGUGCAGACAAUUAUCGAAAUGGGUUCGACAAUAAAGCUUUUAAAGAGAGUGAUCUCGGGUGCAGACGACGACGAGGCUAAUUGCAGUUGAGUUCUACUCAAAGCACAGCCUAAAGAAGUGUGGAAACUAGAACAUGGGAAGAUAAAAGAAUCUGAAAUGGAUUGAGAUGAGAGACGGUCAAAAUGUGAUGGUCUUUUCUUGGUUGGAGAAUUUGGAGAAAGCCAAGAAAGAUGUUGGAAGCGCAGGCUGUUCUGUUCCCAUGAAAAGGGCAAAACUCAAAAGCCCAUCUGGUUUCCGAGUAAUGAUUAUUGUCCAGGUUUAGAAGUUGGAAUAAUUGAAUUUCACAAGCCUUUUCUUUUCUUUUUUCUUUUUAAAUGCUAUUCCGACAGAUCGGUUUGUCUCAAUUGGGUUGGGAAAAAAAAGAAAAGUUAGCAAGUUAAAAUGGAUAAUGUUUUCAUCAUUUCGGGAAAAACGACAUGUAGUUGAUUUAUAGUUCAAAUCUCUUGCCAACCCAAAUUGAUGAAUGCCCCAAAACAACCAAAGAAUUUCUAUUUUUGUUUGGUUAUAAUACAAUGUUAUUUA